UCAAUUUUUAAUUGGGGCGAAUUGUCAAAUGUCAGUGAACGAUUUUACAUUUUUUAUUCAGCGAUUCUUUUUGUAAAGUUAUCACAAAAUCAUAAAUUAAUAACAAAAAGCAGAAAAUUCUAAAAUAAAAUUCAUAACAAAAGGAGCUUUGGAUUUUCCAUUCAGUAAUGAAAAAAUCGUAGCUGAAAGAAACAAUAUAUCGGAGCUGAUAAUAGAGUGAUAAAAUAACGGAAGCGGAGGCAGCUUCAAGAGUAGGGGCUGAGCAGUGCUGUCAAAAGUGUACGAUAAAAGACUGCUCGGAGCAUAACAGCCAAAGUGGUGUUGGCCAAUCAUAGAUCCAUAGAAAAAAUUUUUGAAAGCGCACCUCUUUUAACGUUAGCCAUAUAGCACAUAUAACAACCAAAGAUGUCUAACAUGUCUGUGGGGCAGAUUAUUAUGGACGCACAGCGAAUUGCCAGUCGCGUAAAAGAUUUAGAGAUGUUGGGUAAUGCUUUACUCGUCGAAGCAGAGGGCAAUAACCGCUUGGUGGAAAGUUUACGUCAAUUUCAAGAUGACAUGGACUCGUUAAACCAAAUUUCUAACAAUAAAUCGAAUUCCGAAAUGGUCAAUCGCAUACAACAGCAGAAUGCCACAAGUUCAGAAAUCUUAAAAGAAAAUCGAGAACUGAAAAUAUGCAUUGAAGAUUAUGAACGCACCUUGGAGUUUAUAAUGCAGAAAUAUCGUGAACAUACAAGCAGUAAAAUUCUCGAAAGUAAAAUUAAUUUUAAAGAAGUUUAUAAUGAAGAAUUGUGGUUAAUUAUACGAGAACAAAGAGCUAAAAUCAGGGAAAUGGCAGUAGUUAUGCAGCGUGCGGCCUCUGCAGACGAUGAUGCAGUCCAUCGAGAUAUGGAAACUAUGUCUAGACUGCGUAAGGAAAACCAAAUUUUGCGUGAAUUAUUGCAAAUUUCUAAGCAAUUCGGCUCCGCUAGCCAACCGAUACGUGCUAAUGAGCAUAUGUUGGAGGAGAAAGGUGUACAAACAGAUGGUGCUGAUGAUUCGGCUGAUGAGUUAUCAUUGUCCGGUGCAUCUAUUGAGAAUUUCAAUAAUAACUCGGUGAUUUCACUGCUACCUAACGCUGUUGCUGUAGCUAAUGCCAUUGUCAAUGCUACCUCCAGCAGUUCUAAUGCUAACACUGCCGAUAACAUUAACACUAGCAAGGUAACGACGUCCCACACUCUUGGUGAAAAUAAUAAUGGGCCUUUACCAGCUGAUGAGACGGUGACGAUUUCAUUUAUGCCUCCGAUAAAUCACCCGGAUACUGUUAACACUACAACCAACGCCAACACGGGGAGUACUAGUGUUACUGAAGCUGUUGUUAAUGCUUCUACAAUAGGCUGCUCCAUCCCAGCUGCGGGGAGCACAGCUAGUGCGACAGCUACAACAAAUACAACCGGACCAGUUGAAGCACCAAAAGCUACAACAUGAUAGGGCGGGCAGUGUGGGCGACUACAUCGAUGUUGCCUAUCUUUGGUUCUUUUUCAUGAACAAUUAUACCUUAAUUUUACAUUUUCUUCUGUUCACAUAAUACCCAUUCUAAAACUUUUUUUAUUAUAUGAAAUUAUAAUCAUAAGCAUUCACUACCACUAACUUAUUAAAUGAUCAUUACUACAACGCAAGGAAAAUUGUAUUUAGCACUUGAAACUGUUACUAAUCUAACAAAACCAAGAUCAACAACAAAUGUGAGUCACAUCGGCCUUUUGGGUGGAUGUGGCGACCAUCUUUACUCAUAUAUAUAUAUAUAAAUAAAUAUACAUACAUAUAUUUAAAACUUAAAUAAAUUAAUAUGUACAAUA